UCUUCACGUUUCUCCAUCUAUAAAUAUAGCCAAACCUGAGAGCCUAAUUUCUCCAAAACACAACAACACUAAACAAAACAACACAAACCAAACCAAACAAAACUAAAUCAAACUGGGUUGAGUAGUAGUAGUAGUGUGAGUUGUUCUUAGGAAGAGAAAAAAACAAAGACACACCAUGGAAGGAGGUGUACCAGAAGCAGAUAUGUCUGCUUUCAGAGAGUGUUUGUCUUUAUCCUGGAAAAAUCCUUAUGUUCUUCGUCUCGCUUUUUCAGCCGGAAUUGGUGGCCUUCUCUUCGGUUAUGAUACUGGAGUGAUAUCUGGAGCUCUUUUGUAUAUUAAAGAUGACUUCAAAUCAGUAGAUAGAAAGACAUGGCUUCAGGAAGCCAUUGUGAGUACAGCAAUAGCUGGGGCAAUUAUUGGAGCUGCAGUUGGAGGAUGGAUCAACGAUCGAUUUGGACGAAAAGUAUCGAUCAUUGUAGCCGAUACCCUCUUUUUAAUAGGGUCAGUAAUCAUGGCUGCAGCUAAUGGUCCAGCUGUUCUUCUUGUUGGUAGAGUGUUUGUCGGUCUUGGCGUUGGUAUGGCUUCUAUGGCGUCGCCUUUAUACAUCUCCGAGGCUUCACCAACUAGAGUUAGAGGUGCACUUGUUAGUCUCAACAGUUUUCUCAUUACUGGUGGACAAUUCAUUUCCUAUCUCAUCAACUUGGCCUUUACUAGGGCACCGGGCACUUGGAGGUGGAUGUUAGGAGUUGCAGCUUUACCUGCUUUGAUACAAAUUGUACUCAUGUUGUCACUCCCUGAAUCACCUCGUUGGUUGUACCGCAAGGGCAAGGAAGACCAAGCAAAACUGAUUUUGAAAAAGAUAUACGAGGUUGAGGACUAUGACAACGAAAUUCAGCAGUUAAAAGAAUCAGUUGAAAUGGAACUAAAGGAUACAGAAAAAAUCAGCAUGAUGCAGCUUAUAAAAACAACAUCUGUUAGAAGAGGUUUAUAUGCUGGUGUAGGACUUGCAUUUUUCCAACAAUUCGUCGGUAUCAACACCGUUAUGUACUACAGUCCUUCCAUAGUUCAGUUGGCAGGUUUUGCAUCAAACAGAACAGCACUUCUUCUGUCAUUAAUCACUUCUGGCCUUAAUGCAUUCGGUUCGAUAUUAAGCAUAUAUUUCAUUGAUAAGACUGGUAGGAAAAAACUUGCAUUGAUAAGUUUGACUGGUGUUGUUCUCUCUUUGGCUCUUUUAACCGUUACUUUUCGUGAGACUGAGAUUCAUUCACCUAUGGUUAGUCCCUUUGAAAGCAAGCAAUUCAGUAAUAACACAUGCCCCGAGUUCAAUACGGCAGCUCUCAAUAAUGAGAAAUGGAAUUGUAUGAGGUGUAUACAAUCUACGAAUAAACCUACUUGUGGUUUUUGUGCUGAUCAUAACAAGGUCCAACCAGGGGCAUGUAUAAUCAACAAUGAUUAUUCAAAAAACCAAUGUGGCAAUGAAAAUAGAUCAUGGUAUACAAAAGGGUGUCCAAGUAAUUUUGGUUGGAUUGCACUUGUUGGCCUUGGACUCUACAUCAUUUUCUUCUCACCAGGAAUGGGAACAGUUCCAUGGGUUGUUAACUCUGAAAUCUAUCCAUUAAGAUACAGAGGAGUCUGUGGUGGAAUAGCUUCUACAACAGUUUGGGUUUCAAAUCUUGUUGUUUCACAAUCUUUUCUAUCUUUGACUGAAGUAAUUGGAGCAUCUUGGACUUUCAUGAUCUUUGGAGUUAUUGCUAUUGUUGCAAUUCUCUUUGUUAUUGUUUUUGUGCCGGAAACUAAAGGUGUUCCGAUCGAAGAAGUCGAGGAUAUGCUGGAAAAGAGAUUUGUUCAGAUUAAGUUUUGGAAGAAGAGAGAUUCUGAUUCUCAGAAGCAUUGAUCAUCAAUCAUGGAUAAAUAAUUAUUGAGACUAUUUUAUGUUUAGUUUCAUAGUUUUUUAAGUAGUACUAGUAAUGUGGUUUUUCUUUUGGAUAAUGGAUUAUUAUUGUGUGAUAACAUUUUAGUUCAAAUUAGUUGGAUUGCUCAAAAUUCUCAUAAAAUCUGUAGAGGAUUGUGAAAUGAGGAUUUUAAUAUCCUUCAACUUCAAUUAUGAAAUAAUAAUAACAAUAACUAUUAAAUAA